GCUGACGAGCUCCAGUCCAGCACGACGGCGCGCCCGGCUGCCGACAAAAACGCGGUGAAGGCGAAGGAGGAAGCCAAGGCUGCCGAGAAGGGCGGGUUGAAGGCUGCCGAGAAGGGCAUGCUGAAGGAGAGAGCCGAAGCCAAGGCUGCCGAGAAGGGCAUGGUGAAAGCCACCGACGAAGCCAAGGCCGUGGUUGAGGAAGCGGGCCAUGGACAAGGCGGAUCCGAGGCAGCUGCGGAGCAGGGUCACAAAACCCUUUGGGUGGAGCCCAGCGGUUCUUCAGGACCGGAUGCUGCGUGGAUGGGGCCACUUUCUGCACGGGAGGUCUUGAAGCUCGCCGAGGCCCAGACGCUAGGUCCCGAGGGGCUCGUCUGGGGCCUCGAAACGGAUGCGGUGGGGCCACCUUCUGACGCGCGUGGGGCGCAGCCGCUGUGGCAGUGCUUGCCGGACCUCGGCAAUCAGCUUCGUCGAGCGUCUGAGGCUGGCAUGGCAUGUUGA